AUGCAACAGCCGCGGCCGCCGCGGCCACCCUGCUCCGCAGCCCGCGCCGCGGGGACCCCGGCCGCCGGCCGCUCGGAGGGCACCGCCGAGUCCCCCGAUCUCCACUCCCCCCAACAGCAGCCCUCACUCCCCGCCCCCGCGGUAACCAGCCCAGGGGCGGGGCGAUCAGGGAGGGCUCCCUCCUUUUUUGUCCGCCCGCCCUCCGCGGGACCCGAGCAGCGGGGAUCCCCGCAGCGGGGCGGGCGGGCGGGCGGGCGCAGGGGUCUCCGGCGGUGA